AUGACCGAAGGAAAUAAUAUAACGAGCUUUCAAGAAAUUUAUUCUAUGCCAUUUGAUAUAGAUAAAUGGGAUUAUGAUCAAUUCAAUAAUCCAAAUAAAUUCCAAUGGAUAAUUGGCACCACGCCAUUUUCAAACUGGCAGUUUGUAGUUGGAUCAUGGGGAGUUUAUUUUUCAACUAUAAUUGGUUUAAAG